AUGUCAACUACAUCAACUCCAACGAAGACUGAGAGCUCGGCAGUCAGAGCAGUCUCCACGCCAGGCAAGAUGCCUACGAAAAAGCACUACAAAGAGACUGUCACGAUUCUAGUCGGUGCGUCUAAGCAGCCCUUCGUCUUACAGAAGGGCUUGUUGUGUUUCUACUCCGACUACUUCCGCGCCGCCUUCGACGGCUCUUUUAAGGAAGCGGUCGAGCGUAAGAUCGAAUUGCCUGACGUAAAAAUCGACACUUUCGAGGCUUUCCAAGUCUGGCUCUAUUCGCAAUCUUUUCGCAGCAUCGAAGAUCUCCAGGACUCUUCAGAGGCACCGAAACUUCCUUCCUCCCGAAGACUCGCUCGUCUCUGGGUGUUCGGCGAUAAAUACCAGAUCCCCGUUCUCCAGAAUGGUGCCAUCGACGCCUUGUUACAGAAGAACCUCGAAGAACGUACAUUCAAUGUUGACGUUGUCAAUAUAGCUUAUGAGAACACUAUGUUGGGAUCACCUCUUCGCAGAUACGCUAUAGAUCUCUGCGUGUUUCAAAUGACUCACAGCCCAAGAGAGAUAUCUGUCUUCGGAGACGUCAAUCUAGGCAACUGGAGCAAGGAGGCUCUCGUUGACUUUGCCUGUUGCACGAGCAAUGCCUGGGAGCAUAAGUUGCCUUGGGCUACAAUGCCCGACAGGAACAAGUGCCAUUACCAUGUCCAUGCCAAGGGCGAGCACUGCUGA